CUCCCGCUUCCCGACCGCGUUCCUCCCACCCCAGGCCCCUGCCCACCCCGCCCGCAGUCUCUCCGCAUCCAGGUCAGUGCAGGCGCCGGGAGAGAAGGACCGCAGCCCUGGGCUCCCCUCCCGCCUCGCCCCUCCCCGCGGUCCCCGGCCGGGCUGGGGGCUCCCCGGAGGACGCUGGCCCUUUAAACCCCGCUCCGCACCCAGAGCAUCUCCCUCCCCGCCCGCGCUCCUUCCGACAGCUGGCAGCCGCGGGGACCGGGGAGCCCGGGGGCGCAGGUAGGGGCGGGGAGGCUGGGAGCGGGAGGUGAACAGCUGGGACCCCCCCUUCCGCCCCCGGAGGAGCCGCGGCCGGACUGCUCGGCGCCCCGAGCGCCGGUUAAUCAUUAACCCUCCGCGCCCCGGCCCCGAGCGCCCGGCGGUGCGCCCCGCCCGGCCUCCCAGGCGCCAUGCCCGGCCUGUACUGCCCCGCCAGCUGGACGCCGCUGCCCCUCACCGACUCCUGGGUCCGGGCCCGCGCCAACGGCCCCUGCCUGAGCCUGCGCGCCCGGCUCACCUACCGCAACCCGCAGCCGCGGCCCGUGGACGGCGUGUUCGUGUACCCGCUGGCCGAGGCCGAGGUGGUGUCGAGCUUCGAGGCGGAGGCGGCCGGACGGCGCGUCUCCUUCCGUCUGCAGAGCCGGCGCCGCGCGCAGGCCGCCUGCUGCCGCGCUCUAGGCCCCGCGCCCGGGGCCCCCACGCCCCGCCGCUGCGCGCAGGGUCAUCUUGUCUUGGAUCUGGCCCAGGCCCGGUCCACACUGGUGCUGCCCACCGGCCUCAUCACCUCGGCCGGCACCAUGACAGUGACCCUGUGCAGCAGCCGGGAACUGCCCUCAAGGCCUGAUGGGGUGCUGCAUGUGGCUCUGCCCUCCGUGCUCACCCCACUGGCCCCGCCAGGCCCGCCGGGCCCCCCCAGAACCCCGGGGCUCUGUGACGACAGGUUGGGCCUAUGCCCGACCAGCUGCUUCGGGGUGGGCAGCCCUCAGGAGGAAGGUCAGGCCUGGGAGGAGCCCGCUGCCCCUCCGGACGUGUUCUUAGGCCCUGCCCGCUGCCCCGCCCCGUACACCUUCUCCUUCGAGAUGCUGGUGACUGGGCCGUGCCUGCUGGCAGGCCUCGAGAGCCCCUCUCAUACUCUGCGGGCAGAUGCCCCACCCCACGCCAGCUCAGCCGCCACCAUCUGUGUCACCCUGGCAGAAGGCCACCGCUGUGACCGGGCUGUGGAGAUCCUGCUGCACCCCAGCGAGCCCCACCAGCCGCACCUGAUGCUGGAGGCCGGCAGCCUGAGCUCAGCAGAAUAUGAAGCCCGAGUGAGGGCCCGCCGGGAUUUCCAGAGGCUGCAGCGGAGACACAGUGACGGGGACCGGCAGGUGUGGUUCCUGCAGCGACGCUUCCACAAGGACAUCCUGCUGAACCCCGUGCUGAUGCUGAGCUUCUGCCCAGACCUGAGCUCCCAGCCUGGACACCUGGGCACAGCUACGCGGGAGCUCCUCUUCCUGCUGGACGGCAGCGCCGCAGCACACAAGGAUGCCCUUGUCCUGGCCGUGAAGUCGCUCCCAUCCCAGACUCUCAUCAACCUGGCCAUGUUCGGCGCGGCCGCGCAGCCCCUCUUCCCCGACAGCAGGCUGUGCAGUGACGACACGGUGAAGGUGAUCUGUGAGAGCGUGGAGUCCCUGCAGGCUGCGGGAGGUCCCCCAGAUGUGCUGGCCGCGCUGGACUGGGCCAUGAGGCAGCCCCAGCACAGGGCCCACCCUCGGCAGCUGUUCCUGCUCACGGCCGCCUCGCCCACGGCCACCACGACCCAGCAAGCCCUGGAGCUCAUGAGGUGGCACAGGGGGGCAGCCAGGUGCUUCUCCUUUGGGCUGGGGCCUGCCUGCCGCCAGCUGCUCCAGGGCCUGUCUGCCCUCAGCAGGGGCCAGGCCUACUUCCCGAGGCCUGGGGAGAGGCUGCAGCCCAUGCUGGUGCGGGCUCUGCGCAAGGCACUGGAGCCUGCUCUGAGCGACAUCUCUGUGGACUGGUUUGUGCCAGACUCGGUGGAGGCACUGCUGACCCCCCGGGAGAUCCCAGCACUCUACCCUGGGGACCAGCUGCUCGGUUACUGCUCGCUCUUCAGGGUGGAUGGCUUCCGGCCUCACCUGCCUGGGGGCCAAGAGUCUGGCUGGCAGAGCUUGGGUGGCUCCAUGUUCCCAUCGCCAGAGGAGGUGCCUUCUGCCACCAGCGCUGGCACUGAGCCCACUGGCACCUCGGAGCCGCUGGGAACAGGCACUGUGCCAGGAGAGCUGUCCAUCCUCUGGGCUGCCGGGGACUCGGAGCAGAGUACCGACGCUCUGACGGACCCAGUCACGGACCCUGGACCGAACCCCUCCUCUGACACAGCCAUAUGGCGUCGCAUCUUCCAGUCCUCAUACAUCAGGGAGCAGUAUGUGCUCACCCACUGCUCUGCCAGCCCUGAGCCAGGCCCAGGCUCCGCAGGCAGCAGUGAGUCCCCUGGCUCCCAGGGCCCUGGCUCCCCCGAGGGCAGUGUUCCCCUGGACCCCCCCUCUCAGCAGGGCUGCCGCAGCCUGGCCUGGGGAGAACCUGCAGGCUCCCGCUCCUGCCCCCUGCCUCCACCCCCACUGGCACCAGUCAAGACUGGGGCCUUGAGUGCCGAGGUGCUGAACCGUCGACGCAGAGCGGCUCUGGCUGGCCGAAGCCUCUCAUCGCCCCCCGGCCAGGUGAACCCAGGCCCUGGCCGCCCCCGGCACCCCUCUCUGGGUGCAGCACCGGAGGGGCCAGGCCCUGAGUUUGGGCAGCAGCUGGGACAAGGCCUGGACGACUCAGGAAACCUGCUCUCCCCAGCGCCCAUGGACUGGGACAUGUUGAUGGAACCCCCCUUCUUGUUCACGGCUGUGCCCUCUGAUGGGGAAUCUGCACCCCCAGCAGUGCCACUGCCUCCGCAGGCUCCACGCUGCCACGUGGUGAUCCGGGCCCUGCGUGGGGAGCAGCCUGUGUGCUGGGAGGUGGGUGUUGGGCUAGAGACACUCUGGGGGCCUGGGGAUGAUGGCUCACUGCCUCCGUCACCUCACGAAAGAGAAGGUGCUUGGGACCAAGCACUCCAUCGGCUGACAGCAGCGUCUGUGGUUCGGGACAAUGAGCAGCUGGCUCUCCGAGGGGCUGAGACCAUGGCUGACUGGGGCCAUGCCCGGAGGUCCUGGCUCCGAGCCCUUCAGACAAGCAAGGUCAGCUCCGCCCCCUCCUGCUUCACCUGCCCCGUAGCUGUGGACGCUGCCAGUAGGGAAGUCCUGCCCUUAGCCCUGCAGGUGCGGAGCUCAGGUAGAGUCCCUCCCAAGUGUCCUCUCAGGUGCUGGCCCUCACCUCUCUGGCCACACGCCCGGACAAACCACUGCCUUGUCUUCUGUGCCCCUGCAGAGCCAGUGGAGCCCCCAGGCACCCCUCCUGCCUCGCAGGGCCAUCUAGAUGCAGCUCCGCCCACAGCUGUCCAGUGUAAAGGUAACACUCAGCUCUGGGCCAAUGGCAGGGAGCACCGAGCUGAGGGAUCACCGCUGGCGCUGACUGGUUCCAUCGCAGGCCUUCAGGGACUCUCUCCGGCACGUGGCUCAGACCCAGACCAAAACGACAGCUCCAAGUCUGCUUGGGAGGAUUCUGCAGCCCCUCCCCGAGGCCCUCCCACCGUGCCCCCUCGGCCUCCUUUAAAGCUCAGCCUGGGCCAUCGGAAGCCCAGAGGCCCAGACAGCCACAGACUCUGCAGCCCCAACACAGGCCAGGCCAGCGACGGCAACAGCGAAGGCAGCAGCCAUGACUACUUGCCCUUGGUGCGACUGCAGGAGGCACCGGGCUCCUUCCGCUUGGACGCGCACUUCUGCACCGCGGUGCGCAUCCCGCAGGAGCGCCUGUGCCGUGCCUCGCCCUUCGCCGUGCACCGCGCCAGCCUCAGCCCCACCUCGGCUUCGUCUCCCUGGGCACUUCUGGGCCCCGGGGUCAGCCAGGGAGACAGUGCCACGGCCUCCUGCAGCCCGACCCCCAGCUCAGGCUCCGAGGGUCCCGGCCAGGUGGACAGUGGGCAGGGUUCAGACACCGAGGCCUCAGAGGGGGCAGAGGGGCCGAGUGGAACCGACCUGCGGGGCCGGACCUGGGCCACCGCAGUGGCACUUGCGUGGCUGGAGCACCGCUGUGCGGCCGCCUUCGGCGAGUGGGAGCUGGCAGCGGCCAAGGCGGACUGUUGGCUGCGGGCACAGCACCUGCCCGAUGGCCUUGACUUGGCCGCGCUCAAGGCCGCAGCCCGGGGUCUUUUCCUGCUGCUGCGUCACUGGGACCAGAACCUGCAGCUACACCUGCUGUGUUACAGCCCGGCCAACAUGUGAAGGCUGCCCACUGCUGGGCUGGCAGCCCCCAACAGUCAAGUCACUGCCACCCAGGCCGGCUUCUCGGUGCCAGGAAGGGGUAGGACGGUGACAGCCUGCCCCCACUGCUUCUCAUCCCCUUCCAGAAUCCUCUUUCCCACAGAAAGUGCCUGCCUGUGCUCUCUCCCGCUCCUUUCACCCCAGCUCCUUUCCCUCUGAGCUCUGUACAGUUCGGUAAAAGAGGAGAGAGCCACAGCCCCCAAAUCCUAUGCAAUAAAGUGCCUCUU